CCCCUUUUGGUACUUGGUAGAGAGAUGGAGCAUCCUGUUGUUAGCGCUGGUGGGGGUGCCAUUAACAUACUAUUUUGUAAGCUGGGUACGGUGCUCAUCCAAGAAGCACAGCUCCUUGGAGGCAUCCGAGUCGAGCUGCAGUACAUGAAGGAUGAGCUUGAGAGCAUGACAGCAUUCCUGCAGGACCUUGCUGAGGGGGGAAACCGCAGGAAGCAGGUUCAGAUUUGGAUGAAACAGGUGCGAGAGGUUGCGUAUGUUGUUGAGGAUUGCGUUGAUGAGUUUACAUAUCACCUUGGCAGCACCACGAGUGGUUCUGGCCUUGCCGGGCUCUUCCACAGAUGCAUCCGUUUCCUGCAAACUGUCAGGGUGCGGCGUCAGAUUGCGAAACAAAUCCAAGAACUGAAAGCGCGCGCUACAAGUAUCAGCAACCGAAACUCAAGAUAUGGUGGUAAUCAUCUCAUUUCCGGAGCAGAAGGGAACACAUUUGCUGCACAGCCAGCUCCAUCUGAUAUUACUUCCCUGGAUAUUCGUACUCCUGCACUCUUCCCAGAGAUAACAAAACUUGUGGGCAUUGAAGUGCGUCAGAGUAAUCUUGUUAACUGGUUGGUGGAUGAAAAUGUACAACGAUUAAUGGUGAUAUCUAUAUUUGGCUUUGGUGGUUUGGGCAAGACAACUCUUGCUAUGAUGACAUAUCAGACAGCAACUGCGAGCUUCGACUGUCGGGCUUUUGUAACCGUAUCCCAGAAAUUUGAUGUCAAGGCUCUCAUAAGGGACAUUCUUCGACAGAUUAUUCAACCAGUAGAUGGUAAUGGUCCAGAACCCACAGUGGACCCACUCAAAGGCAUAGAAGAAUGGAACGUGGAACAGCUUGCAAAUAAGCUAAGGGGGCAUCUAGAAGAUAAGAGGUAUCUUAUUGUUCUUGAUGAUAUCUGGACCAUCACCGCUUGGGAGGGUAUUCAAUUUUCUUUGCCUAACUCACAUACUGGAAGCAGAAUAAUAGUUACCACAAGAAUGAAAACUGUAGCACAAGCCUGCUGCCUCCAUGAGUAUGACAGAGCUUAUGAAAUUGAACCACUCACUGGUAGUGAAUCUAGCGAGUUAUUUUUCGGGAGAAUAUCCGGUAACAGGGAAAAUUGUCCAACUGCUUUGAAAAAUAUAUCGGAAAAGAUCUUGGGAAAAUGUGGGGGUAUACCCUUGGCCAUAGUCAGCAUUGCAGGUCUUUUGGCUACCACGUCAGUGUACAGUUAUGAUCGCUGGGAGAAGAUCUACAAUUCUCUUGGCUUGGAGCUGGAAACCAGUCCCUGGCUUGAAAAACUGAAGAAAAUUCUUGAGCUUAGUUAUAAUGACCUUCCAUACCAUUUGAAAACUUGCUUCUUAUAUUUAAGCACUUACCCCGAGGAUCAUAAGGUCAGAAGGAAAAGCUUAUUGAGAAGAUGGAUAGCAGAACGCUUUGUGUCUGAGAAGCGUGGAUUGAGUGCCUUGGAGGUGGCUGAAAAAUAUUUCGAUGAAUUCCUCAACAGGAGUAUUGUUCAUUCAGUUGAAAUGAGCUUUGACGGGAAGGUCAAGACUUUUCGAGUUCACGAUAUAAUGCUAGAGAUCAUUGUUUCAAAAUCAAUUGAAGAGAAUUUCAUCACUUUGAUGGGUGAACAACAUACUUUAGCUCCACAAGAGAAGAUUCGGCGGCUAUCCAUUCAUGGUGGAAGUAACAAAAAUAUCUCCACAAGCAAAUUGUUAAGCCAUGUCCGAUCAUUGAGUAUAUUUGCUGAUGGAGAAAUGUUACAGUUUGCUUGGAUAAAACUUCUUAGAAUAUUAGACUUAGAAGGUUCUGGGUUUGCCAGGAAUGGGGACAUCAGAAAUAUAUGUAAACUGUUUCAGUUGGAAUAUCUCAGUCUCAGGAAUACAUAUGUCACUGAACUCCCUGUGCAAAUAGGGAACCUCAAGAAGUUGGAAACACUGGAUGUCAGGGACACAGCCAUAAAGCAUUUGCCUCCACACAUUACCAAUCUGCCAAAUUUGUCAAACCUUCUUGGAGGGAGAAGAGUUUAUAACUACAGUGGUUCGGAUCCUAUUUCUGAAUUUUGGGGAAUGCACAUCCCUAACAAGCUUGGCAAUUUAGAAAUGCUUACUACCCUUGCACAGAUAGAGAUCACCGACUCUACUUCCCAUUACAUAACUGAAUUGGGGAAGCUUUCACAGUUGAGGAAGCUAGGAGUAAUGAUGUUUGUUGAUGACGACAUGAAUUGGGUGUCCUUGAUCGCCGCCAUUGCAAAACUGAGCAGCUGCCUUCAGUCACUGCUGAUUUGGCGACCGGACGGAAUAAUGAAUUUCAGGGUUCUUGAUACACUAUCCAGGCCACCAAUGUUUCUAAAAAGCAUAAACUUCCGAGGUAAGUUGGGACGGCUACCAGAAUGGAUUGGUUUGCUGGCUAAUCUAACUGAGUUGACCCUUCGUGCCACUGAAUUGGAAUCUGAGGAGCACCUGAAAGUUAUCUCUCAGUUACCAAGCCUGCUCUACCUUAGGUUGCAUCACAGUGCAUACACCGGAAGAGCACUCACCUUCUCUGCGUCAGAGUUCCCAAGUCUCAAACUGCUCACCAUUCAUCUCGGUGUAUACCAAGCAUUGAACUUGAGGUUUGAGGAAGGCAGUGCGCCUAAGCUCCAUAGGCUGGAGCUAUCUUUGUUCGAAAAUGCUUCCAUCCGGCAGCCUUCAGGUAUCAAUUUUCUUGCAAAUCUUCAAGAGGUCUUGGUCCACGCUGAUCCAUGCCGUAACUCGGAAGCUAUGGUGCACCAUUUGAUGGAUGAAGCUAGCAGGAAUCCUGGCGGACCUACUGUCACAUUCAAGGCGAAACAAUGGAAGCCAACCGGCUCAAGGACAGAUCCACCCAUAGAUCACAGGGGAAACGCCUGGUUUUGAUAAUAGGCGCACCACUGAGCUCUUGUCCGAACAGGAUACAGAAUAUCCAACGCGUCAAUAUUUGGUCAGUCAGGUCUCAAGUUGAAGUGCCAAUAGCCAAAUCAUCUUCUUUCUGUUUCUGCUGAUCUGUACAAGUAUGUGAUCUCUUCUUUUCUUGCCCAAUGAUAAGAGAUUUGCAGUGCUACUGGGGCAUUCUUUCUGGGAGACUUACUAAGUCAAUAUUUGGAUGGUCU